UAUGAAAAGUGUCUUAGAAGUNAGAAANAANGAGGAUAUAGGCCCUUUGAACCCAGUCCCUUAUUGCUUUAUUUUCGGNAGCACNAGUGGCUGGUUACUUUAUGGGGCGUCUGUGAAGAACUUUUAUAUAUGGUGGGCCAAUUGUCCUGGUCUCCUUUUGGCUAUUUUUUAUAUUCUAAGUUGUCACGCAGUUUUGGAAAAGGGNAAAAGGCGUUUUUUGUANGAAGCUUUGACUCUUUCGGUGCUCGGACUCACGAUAAUCUGUGCCUUUUUAUCCGCCUUUAUAUUACCNAAAAAUAUUGCAAACAUAACUUUGGGUGUUUUGGCAAAUACUAUGUUAACUUGUUUUUACGCUUCUCCUUUGUCAACGUUAAUUGCGGUUGUAAGAUUGAAGGAUGCUUCUUCUUUGGACCCGUGGUUAUGUGCAAUGAAUACUGUCAAUGGAACGAUGUGGACUGUUUACGGGUUUGCUCUUGGGGAUCCAAUCGUUUGGUCGUUAAAUCUGUUAGGUGCCAUAUUGGGUGUGUCACAGUUAUCUCUCAUUUGUAUUUAUGGACGAAGGAACGCAACUAUAUCACCAACUUUGACAACUCCACAAGAUAUAGAAGAAAAGGUGACNGAAGGGGCUUCUUAUUCACAAAAGCCAGAAACAACAAACUACGGAACAGGNAACAAAGUAGACGUUUCUGGCGAAGCACUUUGACGCUUCUAUAUUGUAAGAAACGAACAAAUGGUCUC